GACACAACCACCCUUCUAUUCCCCCGUGUGCUGUGGACGCUGGAAGUCAUCACUGUGCCCGUUUUAUUGUCUAUUUUCUGUCUGAAUCCCCACCCCCUCCCUUCCCACCCCUUUCACCAUGGCGGCGCCCGGCCCGUCUCCCCAGCAGAUGGCCGCCAUGCAGCAACAGUUCGCCGCUGAAGCUGCAAAGCGCGGUCUGACCCCCGAAGAGUUUGCCAAACAGCAGCGCGAACAGCUGGCUGCCGACGCUGCGAAGCACAACAUGACCACCGAGCAAUACGUCGCACAGCUGAGGAUGCGAGCUCUCGCCGCCCACCAGAGACAGGUCGAGGCUCAGCGGAUCGCACACGCUCAAGCACAGGCUCAGGCUCAGGCCCAAGGGUCCCAAUCGCCAGCUCAACCCGGACAGAACCUCCCGGCGCCUCCCCAGCCUCAGCCACAGCAGAUGACUCGUCAAGUCCCGGUGAACCCGUCCAACCCUCCCGACCCCAAGGCGAUCGCCGUGGCCCAGUUCCUGCAGUCUCAGAACCUGAAGACGCGCACAUGUAUCAUGGACGGACAGCGCAAGCAACUCUUCAAAGUGAAACGUGCCAUCCGCGCCAUCGAAUCCCCCGCCUACGCCAAGGCAGCUGCCAAAAAGAACUCGAUUCUCCCCCCCGUGACCGACCGCGCCUCGGCCGAGAACGUCUUUAAGCUGCUUCCUCUGUCGCUCCUGGCGCUGCGCGUGUCCAAGGUCGACCCCCAUGCCGGCCACAACCAUGCCAAGCCCAAGAACCGCACCAAGGGCCAGUGGACGGUGCGCAUCGAGCAGCACCAGGAAACCGAUCCCAUGAUGCACUACGUCUGGCUGUACGAGGGACCGCAGUGGAAGCAGAAGGUCCUAGCAGUCGGUGUGGUGGCUGCCAUCUUUGCGGUGGUGCUCUUCCCUCUGUGGCCGAUGUUCAUGCGUCUGGGCGUGUGGUAUCUGAGUGUCGGUAUGAUGGGUCUGCUGGGUCUGUUCUUCGCCAUGUCGAUCUUCCGUCUGAUCUUGUUCUGCAUCACUGUCUUCGCUGUGCCCCCUGGUCUGUGGCUCUUCCCCAACCUGUUCGAGGACGUUGGAUUCUUCGAUAGUUUCAAGCCUCUGUGGGGUUGGCAAGAGGAAAAGAAAAAGAAGAAGUCCAAGAAGGUCGAAGCCGGAGCGACCGAUUCCACCCCAUCCGCCACCACCACAGCCACCGCAGCCUCGGAUGCCUCAAGCGCCGUGAAACGCGACCUGGCCCCCCGCGUGGAGGAAGCCGAAGAGUAAUGUAGCAUGUUUCAUCCAUCCACUUGACCAUAAACCAUAAGAUCAGCACACGCUACAGACCUAGUAUGCGGGGGUUGAACGAUCCAAACAAAACAAAACAGCAUGAUCCGAUGUUUUUCCCGCUAUAUCCUUUUGCCAUCCAUCCUUCAAUCAAUCAUCUUUCAUUCUCAUACCUCUGUGCGCGCUCGGUAGUUAUUCUGCAUGAUGUCUUUGCUCUGUUUGUUGCUCUUUACUUUUUUUUUUCCCUUCUUAUCACUGCCCGAGCAUGGAUUCGGGGAUUCAGGGAUUCGGGUACUUGGGGUAACAGCUAUGAAAUGGAGUUCAUUUAUUCUGCUUCUGCCUGCCAUUAGUCUCUAUUUUUUUUUCUCAUUCUCUCUGUAUAAUGUAG